AUGACGCGCAUUUGCUUUGACCACCUUGACGCCGCGAUCCCCGUCUUCGCCACGCCCGAGGCUGCUGCUAUCGCCCGGCGAUGGGGCCAUUUGUCUUGCAUCACCGAGACGUACCACCUCGACCCGGUUGCUACCUCCCCGGUAGGCAGCUGGUUGCCGUCGCUUCUCCCGGGCGGCGGUCUCCCGGACUGGCUGAGCGUGUUCAGCGUGCCGGGCCACCGCGAGCUCAACUUUGCCACGGCCGUUGUCUACUCGCACGAGGACCAGGAAACAGAGAAGACAAUGAAGAAACAUAAGCUGCCUCUCCUCGCCGCACGGCAUCAAGGCAGACGCGGCAGCGCUGCGGGCGCUGCUGGUCAACGUCACGGGCCCAUCAGAGGGCGACAGCGAUUCGAGUGUAAGCGUGCUGGUGGUGAUGGUGGUGGUGGUGAAGAUGAAGGGAGGCGGGAGCCGAACUUUGGCGAGGCGGAAAACGGGGCGUGUUUUGUUCUGCUCUAG